CGAGUCUGUGGCCGUGAUUACUAUCCAGGGAGUGACCCUGGUCUGUCUCCAUAGAAGCUACAAAACACUCUGGAUAAAGUCGAGCAAUGGACGAGGAUCAGUCUGCUGAGGAGAGUACAUUUGUCGUGGACGAGAUUACCACAGUAAUCAAAACUGUUAAAAAGCACCAUUGGAAACAGCUCUUACCGACAAUCAAACAGCGGAUGUCAAGCAUUGUAGAGUCAAGUCUAAGACAGCUAACUAAAUUAGGAAAGCCUUUCAAGUACAUGGUGACAUGUAUCAUACUACAAAAAAAUGGGGCAGGUUUGCAGACUGCCAGCUCGUGUUUCUGGGACAACAGUACAGAUGGGAGUUGCACGGUACGAUGGGAGAAUAAAACCAUAUACUGCAUAGUUAGUGUUUUUGGGCUUGCCAUUUGAGGAUGAAUAUUAACAUGUAGGCCGGUCUCCUGUUCAAAGAUUACCAAACAUUUUUGUAAGACUCAUAAGCAACCAAUGAUGUCCCGG